CACUAGUGGUUGUCAGAGACACAGUGGACCAUCACAAUGAGUCCAAAAGCUUUGCUGUUAAACCGGUCAUUCAGUCCGACGUUGGCGGUCUCUGUCAUGGUUACGGUCGGCGCAAGCGAUCCACAAAGCAGCGCCCAUUGCUGCUGAGAUGAGACGCGUCAAUUGAACCUUUCUAAAAAUCCGACUGUCACCCCACGAGCCUGCGCAACUUCUGGAUUACGCAGCCGAUAGGGAAACAGCAGGGACAGCGAGUUGCAGAGACAAAAUGUUAUUGUCAACAGAUGACCAAGCCUCCAUAACUUCGGAUUCAUCGCAAGAUGCAGAUAGUGUCAACACUGGGCCUGGGGAUGUGCAGCAUGAAGUUAUCAGUCACGGCCUCCGACACUUGCACCAUGUACCUUGUGACAAACCUCCACGCCACAUCACGUGUGGCAAAGGGCUAGACUUCUUCAUAAGCCUCCACUCCAACGGCCCAAACAGGUUCUCCAGCGUGUGCUUCUACAACACUGAUGGCAGUAUCCGAGAGCCUUCCUCCCCGGGGCGCCGUCACACCGUUCCCUACCUGGGGCUCACAGUGUCUCAGCUCCCUGGCCAGGUGGUGGGCUGGGGCCCCGGGGCCGUUUUUGACCUGCUCGACACCAACCUGCGGCCCCUGGCCCGGGCCGAAAACCCAGUGGACGUGAGGGCGUGCAUGGUCACCGACAACCCCAUCGAGGUGGUGACGACCGGGCUGGGGAACGUGUGCCUGUGGUGCCUCACCCACAUGGUGUGCCAGGUGAGGGUGGUGGAAGGGCUGGAGGGGCAGCGGUUCACCCAGCUGGCCCUGGGUUCCCACCAGGGGUCCCAGUAUGGCUUCCGGGCGUUUGCCGUCUGCGGGAACACGGUGACCUCGGUGGACAUCAAGAAGGGCGAGAUACUGGCCAGGAAGGUCCUACAUCCAGGGGACAUCACUGGAAUAGCCCACUGCGCUCAGCUGGACUUCCUUGUCUCCGCAUCCAAAGACUUAACCAUCAGAGUCUGGGGCCCAGACUGGGAGCUUAAAUUUACACUGGUGGGCCACACAGAUAUGGUGACAUCCAUGUUGUGCUGCCCCACCACUGGUUACCUGCUGUCCUGCUCCGAGGACAAGACCCUCCGCUGCUGGUCUCUGGAGGAGGGGGACGAGAUGACCAACCUCAGGGUACCGGGCACACACCCGCCUCUGGCCAUCGGUGGACCCGACAAUACAGGCUCCUUCUUCACCUUCUCCAACUCGGGCGUUGACCUCUGGACCAUCACCAGCCUCUUCCACCUGCACUGCAGGCUCAACACCAAAGAGCCCCGUCCAGGACCCGUCCGGCAAAUGCUGGUCACGCCCUACCCGCCUCCGUACCCGGCUCGCGUGCUGUGCGUCCACGGGGACAGGGACGUCACCCUGGUGUCGGCCGGGACAGGGGCCGUCCUCACUGGGCUGAGGUUGGAGAGCAGCAGGGUGCUGUGUGCCGACUACUUUCUGCCCAAGGAGGCCGUGCUGGUCCUGACUGAGGACGGGGUGGUGCUAACGGCCAACGCCCUCUCCAACCCCAUGACUGUGGUGGGCAAGUGGAGCGGGGAGGGGCAGGACGCCGGCCAGUGGGCCGAAUUAGGCCUGGGUGAGGGGGAUAGCCAGGACUCGGGGCCCGGUCCUGCCUGCUCCAUGGUGCUCUACAGCAGCAUGCCGGACAGGAAGACGGCCCUGGCGGAGUGGAGGAGCCUGCAGGAGCAGAGAGGCAAGGCUUCCAAGAAGCCCAAAUACGUCAACGACCCCAAAAACAAAUGCCUGGUGAUGGUGGGACAUCGGGGAGGAUAUCUGAGUGUGCUGAAGCUACACACCAAGAGAGUGCAGUUCAGGACGCCGGUCCACAAGGGCCAAGAUGUCACCGUCAUGCAGGCGUACCCUGACAACAACUACCUCCUCACAGCAGGUAAAGACCUGUCCGUGCUGGUGUGGAGGGUGUUCCUCUACGCGGAGGAGUGCCUGAACCUGCACAUGAGCGUGUACUGCGGCCAGCCCCCCCUCCACCUGGGCCUCAUGGGGCCCCUGCUGGCCCUGACCUUCGAGGAGCCCGAGAACGCCACCUACAGCCUGGCCUACUAUCACAUGGAGCACAGGAGGAGGAUGGACCACCCGCCCAAAGAGGACCACUUAGGCAGCAUCACGGGUCUGUCUGUGAAUCUUCAGCUCAAAGUGUUUGCCUCCUCCAGUGAAGAUGGCACUGUACGAAUUUGGGAUGAGGACAAUCGUUUGGUAAGGACUCUGCCACUGCUUACUGAGCCAGAAUGUCUAGCUUUCGUGGCCCAGACCGAGCAGCUGCUUGUGGGCAUCAGAGGAGACCUGUACUAUAUCAGCACGUCUGAGGUGAUGCCCCAGGACCUUCCACUCCAGGCCCAGGGUUAUGAGAAAGUGGAGCCAGCAUUUUCUGACCUGCCAAUACCUCGCAAAGCUACAAGCCAAAUCAAACAGAGGAUGGGCCGGGCCACUUUGUACUCCUGCGAGGACGAUGUAGCACUAGAUCCAAUCCUGGUGGCUUUGCAGCUGCGGAAUAAAGAUCUGGAAAACCUCCAGCAGGGGGAGAUAGAGAUCAAGCGUAAGGCCAGGAAGCGAAGUAAAGCCUUCAGGCAGCAAGUCAAGAAAGAGGCUUUUGACACCUACAUGAAACUUGUUUACAAAGAGCCCUUCAAAGUUGAUAUUCCAGAUCAGGACUUGUUUGAUUUGCACCACAUCAUGUUUCCCCCAACACACGAAAGAGAGCGUCCUGUAGCAGAACCGGACUUCAGUCAGGGGUUCUUCCCCAAACACAGUGAGGCCCAGAGGUCAACACUCAUAAUGGACCAAACAGACCAGGAAACAACUGACACAACAAAAACGGCAUGCCAGAAGAACCUGGGCUUCGUCCCCAACUCAGUGCUGGUGGAGCAGCUAUGGCCCAAAGAGGAGGAGGAGCAGCCCACUCCGACGCCCUCUCCUACCGAGCCCACAAAGGAAUGGAAGCUCCGGGACUUCUCGGACACCAACUCCGAGCACUCCACCAUGUUCAUGGAGGACGAGGAGAACUCGGAAGCGGAGGAUUCUGACGAGGAGCUUCUGGAACGCCUGAUCUACCAGGACGCAGAGCAGCGGGAGAGGAGCAAGGGGCCCAAGAAGAAGAAGCAGGAGACGCCUGCUGAAGAGGAAGCAGCAGUGGUGGAAGAGGAGGAGACAACUGUCAAAUCCAAGACGCCAGUACCUCGCAAGAGCCUGCCCCCUGUAAAGGACAUACCAAUUAGAAAGCGAGUUAAGCAACCCUCUCCUCCACCUGAGCGCACUCCAUCACCGGUCGUCCCCAGGUUCCUCAAGCAGUUUCUUCAAGAGCCGUGGUUCAAGAGCCUCUACCCAGUCCAAAAUAGCAUCCCUGAGAGCCUGUGUGCUGAUGACUUUGCCAAGCAGGUGCUAGAGGUGAUGCAGGACGCCACAGCCACCGUGAAGCUGCAGCUGAUGACCGCACUGCUCACACUCUGCGAACAGGGCGCCAUGCAGGACCCUAAGAUUGUCUUCAGGGGCCUGGUGGGCUGCCUCUGUCACAGCAUCACAGCCAGCAUGACUGUGUCUGACCAUCGGUUUGCCAAUGAGCUGCUGAAUCUGCUGGUGUGCCUGUGUCCUGACGACCCUGUUUUCAUGGUGGAGCUGCUUGUGAUCAUGGCUUACACUCAGCUGGGCUUCCAUCAGACUGUGCUGUCCCUGCUACAGAGGACGGGACUCAACGAGGAUGUUACAAAAGUGACAGAAGAGUUUAAAACCUGGCAACUGAAAAAAAAUAACCAACUGGGCAUGUGGCAGAGUCUUAGGAUUUCAGCCACCGAAUUCCUCAAUGAAUGGAUUGAGAAGUAUAAGAAAGAGAACCGGGACCAGGGUGUCCUGAGCUUGAAGACUGGCGUGACGCUGGCUGACGUGCUGAACUUCUACUGCUCUGUUCCGGAGAUUGAGGAGUCCCAAACCCAGCUGCUCUUGCCUCUGAGACGGGAGAAGGAUGCCGUGCUGAUCCCAGCUUUGCCUCCCAUGCCCAAGCCGAUGCAGCGACUCGGGGAGAUGUACACCAUGACCAGGACACGUGUGCCAAGAGGCAUUGUGCUGCCUCCGCUGAACUACCGCCCCCUGCUAUUAGGCUUCACGCGCUUCCUCAAGCUGCCGCUGCCCCAGCUCUUCCUGGACCCCUUCGAACCCUUCGCUGUGGACCCGCACUGCCUCAAGCCGCAGCCCACCUCCAACCGACGCCUCUUCAUGCUGGAGAAGUCCUUCGUCAGCUACUACCGAUGACCGAGCCUUACCGUGACCCUGUCACCGCUCCGGCCCCCCUGCCUGGCCUGGACAGGGACAGGGCCUCCCCUCCACUGGAGCUGGGUGUAUUGGGUGACGACAGACUGUGGAUGGCUUGUCAAACAUGGUGGCUGGGCUGGGCUUGUUUGGGGAGGAGUUGUCGAGUGGGGAAAUAAUGGAAAGACAUAAGAAGACAUUUAUAAAACUUCUGUACAGAAUCGUGCUUUGGAUCAUCCCUUUGAUGAUAUUACUCAAAUAAAAUAUUACUCAAUGACUUCAA